GUAUGGCGCCCUCUGCUGGUGGAGUCAGUCGCUGUGGCUCCAGUAGUUUUUGGACACGUUUUGCUUCCGGUGUCUGUCAGAUGCCUGAACUUCAGGCACAUAAGUGUUGGGAAUGCAGCCGCCUCUCCCCACAGCUGCGGUCAGAGAGCUGGUUUGCUCCUGUCUGCAUCGAGACCCAGUAGCGGCGGACCUGCGCUGCAGUCUCUUCGUGGCCGCCGUCCAGAGCUACAAACGCGAUUCGGUGCUCAGACCUUUCCCUCCUCGCUACCUUCGAGGAGAGAUCAAGGACUUUGAAGAUCUGCAAAAAGAUGUGGAUACUUUACCGAACGUGAGGGAUCUGGUGCGUCUUGGACAUGGUGAUGGAGAUCAUCAUCUGGCUCUAGUGCACUGGGUUCUGUCCUCUAAGAGUUUUGCUGUGAAGACCCUGCAGAAAGAGGAGUUUGCCAGACUCAGCCAGCUGACCCAAAGCGAUGGUAUUUCAGCUCCAGCCCCAGACUUCCUCUUUGAACUGCAGUACUGUGAUUUGCUCAACUCCAAGUUUGAGAGGACGCGGGCUGGACGAGAUCUCAUCUAUGCAUUCCAUGGCAGCAGACUGGAGAACUUCCACUCCAUCAUACACAACGGAUUACACUGCCACCUGAACAAGACCUCACUGUUUGGGGAGGGCACAUACCUGACCAGUGACCUCAGCAUGGCCAUCCUUUACAGUCCUCACGGGAACGGGUGGAGGGAAAGCGUCCUCGGGCCUCUGAUCAGCUGCGUCGCCUUGUGUGAAAUCAUCGAUCAUCCUGAUGUGAAGUGUCAGGUGAAGAGGAAAGACUCCGAGAGCAUUGACCGCCAGCGUCUGAGGGCCAGGAACAGUGAAGGUGGCGAGGUGCCCGAGAAGUACUUUGUGGUGACCAACAACGAGCUUUUGAGAGUGAAAUACCUGAUGGUGUAUUCUCAGAGACGCUACAGAUCACGACAUGCUCAAGGGAGGUCGUGGCUCGUCAGACAUCAUUUUGCCAUCAUGAUGGGCCUCUAUAUCCUGCUUCUCGUAUUCAUCGGUGCCUUCAACUCGUCCGCUUUUCAGUCCUACUGGCACAGAAUGUUCCGGUAACCCAGACUGCUCGCAUCACAUAAACGCUCUCGUCCAAAGUGCCUUUUACUCACAAAGACUCAUGAAAGAGGGGAAAAAAGACUCAGGAACUAUUUUAUCCGCUCAACACGACAUUCCUCCACGUAUCACUUGAUUUUUACACGCUAUCCUUCAUUUUCUUUACUUUACGUAGAUUUACAUAAACACUGUGCAUCUGUCAGAAGUAAACCUGCAGAAUGAGCACUAAUGUUAGCCACCGAGAAUCUUACAUGUUAGCAUGUAGCCUGUUUUUACUUUUUGAAAGGGUUCGCUACACUAGUUACAACCAAAUGAUCAAGACGAAAGCGCUGCCUUUUCAAACUAGACAUUGGCAAAACUGUUGCUUAUAUUAAUAAAAAUAAUCAUGUAGGGAGAUCUGUGCUUUUUUUUAUAAUAGAUAAAUAUUUUUGAGUUUUGAGGCAAAUAUAUAAGUUUUCAUGUUGCUAGGCUAUUGUACUAUGUCUAGAUCAAGUCAACUAUGCAGAAACCCCGUUAUGUUGGUCAGUAUCAUUAAAACUGUAAUGAAAAUUAGUCUUGAUAUUGCAUAAAUGUCUCCAACUUGAAUAAUUCAGAGAAUCUGAAUUGUGAAAUUAUUUAAAUUAAAUAAAUGCAAUGGGA